GUAAUAAAAAGGCGGAGGUUGUUCAAUGUUAUGGUUUAACACAAAAUCCAUCAAAUGGAAAUUAUAUGCUUGUAAUGAUGAAAAUGGAUAUAGAUUUAAGAAAAUAUUUACAACAAAAUCAUAAUCAACUUACAUGGAAAGAUAGAAUGAAAAUUAUUUAUGAAAUAACUCUUGCACUUUAUUGGAUUCAUAAAGAGAAAGCAGUGCAUAGAGAUUUACAUUCUGGAAAUAUAUUAUAUUCUGUAUUUAAUAACACUUGGCGUGUUAGUGAUCUUGGAUUUUGUGGACCUGCUGAUAAAUCUUCAACAAGUAUAUAUGGAAAUCUUCCUUAUAUAGCACCUGAAGUUAUUGUUGGAAGAGAAUAUACUUUUGCAUCUGAUAUUUAUAGUAUUGCAAUUCUUAUGUGGGAAAUUUCAUCUGGACAAACACCAUUUAUAAAUUAUGAACAUGAAAAUGAUAUUGUAAUGAAUAUUAUUAACGGAACUCCAUUAGAAUAUAAAAAUUUAAUGAAAGAAUGUUGGGAUGCUGAUCCAUUAAAAAGACCUGAUGCUUAUGCACUUGUGAAAAAAGUGGAAAAAAUUAAUUUAUAUUAUCAAAAUAUGUCAGAUGAAUUAUUCAAAUCAGAAAUGGAUAAUUUAGAAAUGAAUAAAGUAGAAGAAAAUUAUACAAGUAGCAGUUUAUUUACAAGUAAAAUUCACAACUUUGGAAAUCUACCUGAACCAAGAAAUGCAACAGAAGUGUUUCAUAGUAAAUUGUAUGAUUUUAACAUUCCUAACAAUAUUAACGAUUUUAAUGGAUCAAAUAAGCAGUAUAGUAAGAAAUUAAUAAGUGAUAGUGAAAAAUUACCCAAAGAAUUUAUAAAGUUGCAAAUAAAUUCCAAUAAUGAUGAAAAAGAAAUAAUUCAACAAAAAAUGAAAAGACAAAAUAUUGGUGAUAUUGAUGAUGAUGAAGAAGUAUAUAAUAAUCCAAACUUUCAUUCAAAAGAACAAGAUGAACUGGAAAUUCCUGAUGAUGGAUUUUAAAUUGUCCUUUGAUAAAUCAAAUCAACAAUAUUUUUUUUUUAAUUUUAAAUUAUCAUCACUUAUUUAUCUUGGAUUAUUUAAACACUAAGACUAGAGUAGUAAAUGUUUUACAAAAUUCUUAGUUUGUAAUUUAAAU